CCCCAUUAGAUGAUUUUAUUUUUUGUGUUAAUUUUUGAAAUAAACUUGAAAACAACAACAUUUUUGAAUAGAGAAUGAAGAGACCUUUCAAAUGACGUAUCACAAGGCUAUGCUUCUCAAUUAAAAAAAUAGGAGUUGUAAUUGUCAUUCGAAAGGUGGUUGAAGACAGGGCUCACAUUUUGACGUUGAGAAAUGUCAAAUUAUAAUUAAAAUUUGUCGUGUUUCAGGAUUUUCUAUAAAUAUAUGUACAAUAACCGAAAUAAUGAGUUUAUUCCAUAAUGAAUUUGGCGUUUCCACCCUGUAAACACACACACAAAAACACACACACACACACACAUAUGAUAAUACACGCGCUCACAUAUCCAUCCAAUACGCAAACCAAACGCAUCUAAACGACACAUUCGCCGAUUCCGCCGGCCGCGGCGCGUCCCGCGUCUCGCUCGGCGCUCUCUCUACCCAUUCAACGGGCGCCGCGACGCCUGCGUCUAGCCGUCCUGCGGCCGGCGUAAAACCGCCGGCCGCCGAAUCCGUCUCUUUCCGCACCGCUCCCGGCCCCGCACAUCGGCCCCGUCUUUCGCGCGCCUCCAAGCCCAACCCGCUCCGACCGCAAACAAGAUGGGUCUCUCUUACACUCUAUCCGCUCUCUAUCGGGCGCGCGUAUACCCCUUUAUUGUCGGCUUCUGUUUUAAUCUGGCCCGCUUCCCGUCUCCGUCGCGGCCGGUGCACGCUCAAACACACACACAACACACAACACACAACACACGCGAGCACGAGUCUGUCGGAAAAACGGGUUUCCCGUCGAAACGCGCGAGUUUUCCGAACGCUACCCCUCUUUUUCGAGUUAGGGAAAGUUUCGCGUAUAUACCCCCCAAAUGUCGAGUUUACCUAUCAUCGUUAACUCCAUUAAGUUCGUUGUAAAAACCCCGGUGGUGGUGGAGUAAGUAUGUGAUAGUACCCCGUCGCACCGCCUCCGAAGCGGCGCUGUUUGAACGAAGGAAAUAGCGCCAUGUGACACACCAUGCAUCUGACCAACAAUUCCUCCUCCUCGACGGCGGCGGCGGCCGCUGGGGGCCCCCAGGAGGGGGCGACGAGCCUCCUGCAGGAGACCUACACGAAGAUGACCAGCGACAUACUGGCCGAGCGGACGUUGAACGACUUCCUCAGCGAGCACCCGGGGGAGCUGGUGAGGACGGGCAGCCCGUUGUUCGUGUGCACGGUGCUGCCGCCGCAUUGGCGGUCGAACAAGACGCUGCCGGUGGCGUUUAAGGUGGUGGCGUUGGGGGACAUCGGGGACGGUACGGUGGUGACGGUGAAGGCCGGUAACGAUGAGAAUUAUUGCGCGGAGUUGAGGAACUGUACGGCCGUGAUGAAGAACCAGGUGGCGAAGUUCAAUGAUUUGAGGUUCGUCGGGAGGAGCGGUAGAGGAAAAAGCUUCACGUUGACGAUAAUGGUGUCUACGAAUCCGCCGCAGGUGGCGACGUACAACAAGGCGAUAAAGGUGACCGUGGACGGACCGAGAGAGCCUCGAUCUAAAACGAUGCUAUCGCUUCUAGGGCAACAGCAACAGUUCCACUUCGCCUUCGGCCAGCGACCGUUCCCGUUCGCCGCCUCCGAUCCUCUGACGGGAUUCCGGAUGCCUCCCAUAGGAAAUUGUAAUAAUAUGCCCCAGUUCGGUCUGAGCGGGGCGAAUUCCCAUUGGGGCUACAGCACGGCGGGCUACUCGUCGUACUUCACGCCCGGCGCGUUGGGCUCCUGCUCGACGCCCGCCGCCCAAUUCAACACGCCCGCCCUCGGCUUCUCGGGCAGCACGCCCGAACAGUCGACGACACAAGAUGCCUUCACCACCGCCUCCACCAUCGGCUCCCUGAUACCGGACGCCCCGUCGACGGAGCUGGACCAGCACCUCGGCCUGGCGCCCACGUCGGCGCAGAACCACGCGAACCACGCGCUGCUGGUGCCGCGCUACCCGUCGUCGGGCAACCACCACGGCGGCGAGUUCGCGCUGUCCGGGCCGCGCUCGCUCUCCGACAAUUCGAGCGCGGCGGAGAGCCCCGUGCAGGAGGAGCUGCACCAGCAGAACUUCGCGCUGCACCAGAACGCCUCCGCGGCGGCGGCGGCGGCCGCCUCGGCGCAGGCGCAGGGCGGCUACAACAAUUGCAACAACUCGAUCUACCCGGUGCUGCCGGGUUUGUUGUACUCGCAGCUGUACAACCAGACGCACAACUUUCACUCGUUGCACUCGCACGCGGCGCACGCGCAACACAACGAUCUGCAGACGGUGAUGGAUCACAUAUCGACGGGGAACGGCAGGCAGAUGGUGAACGGUAGUACUGAUUUGUUGUUGGGUAAUAACGGUACUUGCGCGGCGGCGGCCGCUCGACAGGACGACGGGCACAAUAGGGCGUUGGGCGGGAACGGGGGGCAGCGGGGGCCCGCGCAAAAUGGCGACGCCGUCGUUUGGCGGCCAUAUUGAAUGUGCAUUUUGUUGUUUUUUGUUUUUUUGGUUUUAGUUGAUUUAUUAGUGGUGAAGUGAGGUAACGGGACGAUUUGUUUUUGUGCAAUAUUUUGUACCUAAAAGAGUGAUAAUUUUCGUGCAAUCUACAGGGCGAGUCGCGAGGAAGUGUGUUUUAAUAGUGUAUCUACAGAUACACUUAAAUCAACCUGUAUUUCUUUGAAAAAGAAGCACACUCAAAAAUGUUUUGCAUAUUACAUAUGAAGUUGAAAUGCCAUUGGCCAUUUGUUAUUUAAAAUGUCUUUUGUUAAAUUGUUUUUAUCAUAUUACGAUUUCUCAUGCACUGAAAACCUGUCUUCAAAUUUUCACUUCUGUAAAUUUUUUGAAAAAAUCGGUGUUGUUUGAAGUAAUGUCGAAAAACGCCAUCUUGCGGCCAAGCAAGCAAUUAAAAUAAUAUCUUAUAUAGCGUAAAUUAUAGACCAAAGAAAGCCCUUUUCAACAAUUUCAUUUUUUUGAAAAUCGGUUCAACCAUUUAAAAGUUAUUAACAUUUAUUUGUCAAAAUAUUCAAACCACCCCCACCACUUUAUUUUAAAAGAUAGAGUCAAAAAUAUAUUACAAAAAAUAAUCGAAAUUAACUUAACUAACAAAAUAAAACACAUUUUUGAUACCUUUAUUUUGGAAAAUUUUGAAAAAAAUGACUUUCUAAAAUCGAGAUGGCGGAUACUCCCCCUAGCGGCCAUUUUAGAGACCUGAAAAUUAUUUCCAGCAUUUUCUUUUUGCCGAUUUAGUCAUAAGAUUUUUUACCGCAAGUCUCUAUGACAAUUAGUUUGCCAGAUAUGGCCGAGAGCCAUCCUUAUUUGGCCACCCUGUACAUUCAAAAUCUUUCAAACUGAUGCGAAAAAUAUUUUUUUUUGAUUACAACUUUGACACUCUGCAUCUUUUUUAGUUUCAAUAUUUUACUAAAGCAAGUUGGAUCAGAUGGUAAUAUUUUGAAGCCCCUUCACUUUUGGACCAUUACUUACGGACCACCCUGUAUAUACACUCUCAAAAACGUUUUGCUUAAAAGUAUAAACAUUUAAUACAACGAAUUGUUCGUUAAAUUACUCAUCAAAAUUAGUUUCCAAAAAGCGUAAACAAUCAUUUAAAAUUAACAAUAAAAACAAUUUAACAAAAAGCAUAAAUGGGCAGUGGCAUUUCAACAAAACAUUUUUGAGUGUAGAAUGUACACGACUCGCCCUGUAUAAUUUGUUUAGUUUCGUGUACAGAGGGCGCGUCACGACGACGGAAUAAAACUCUUUAAUUUCCGCGACGCACCCCGUAUAUAAUUUGUGUUAAUAUUUUGUACAUAACCACAAAAAAAAAAUAACGUGUAUUAGUUUGAAAAAGUAGAGUCACGAUUUUUUUUAGGCCGGUUAAAAUUAACAAUUCUCCUCUGUCCCGCAGUUAAAUUCGCGAUGCUGAUGAUGAUGCAGUGACUGUAUUUUUUUGGGCGUCUUGUAACAUACGCUUUUCCAUCGUAGGGUUAAUCGAACAUGUAAAAAAAUCAUUAUUUAUUGUUAUUAUCAUGUAAGUAUAAUAUUUUUGUUGAGAUAUUGUAAACAUUACAACGACGAUACGGAUAAAAAUUAAAUAAAAUAUCGCA